CCGGGUGGACCGGGGCUCACGCUCGCUGUCACGUCCGGUUGGUCCAAAAAGCGUCGGAAGCGACAACAACGGGAUCAUGAAGAUCAAAGCGCCGCCGCCGUGAGCGUCGGUGGCUAAACAACAAAGCAGCCGAGUUCCCGGAAGCUUUGUUCCGCGGGAAACCCCGCGCCCGGCGUCAUCAUUGGCGAGUAUGACUCCAGCACACGCGUGUCUCUCAUUAAAAAUACCAAUUUACCUCUGAAGUCCACCGACGCCAUAGUGCGCACACGCGUCGCGGGGUGAUGACGUCACCACCCACGGCUCGCAGCGUGAUGGCGUCAUAUGUUGCGGAAGUCUUCGAGGACGAGGUUCAUCGUUCGUAGCGUGGGAUUUACUGACAGACGGCCGGACUGAAUGAAACAGAACCAGCCGCCCCCCGCUCACCUGCCGACCCCAGCUCUGGCCGGGCCACAGCCGAGCUGGACAGUGAGCUCAUGACGGCCUCCAGCGCUCCCACGCUCCACUUCAGCUUCGGCCCCAUCGAGGCCUGGCUGGUCAUCAAAACCCCAAUGAGCUGCAGUUCCUCGUCCUGCUGGAGCGAGCAUCUCUUCCUGUGGAGAGCAGUGGAGGAGCUGGGCCUCCUCCCUCCGGCCCCACAUUCAGCUGGACACUGGGCCCCCUGGAGACAAGCAGCAAAGACACCUGGUCCUGAAACACGCAUGUGACGUGAAGCUUUUCACAUUGGCCGGCCAAGCCAGAGGGCUGUUUCAGAACUGCUCGUGUGUGCUUCCUCAGUGAAACAAGCCCUGCACUCUCUCUGAGUGACAGCAAAUGGGUCGCACCUGCUGCUCUGCGGCCGUGCUCAUCGUGAAGCAGGAAUCCGAGUCGGAGAUGAAGCCUGUCCUGUCCCGCUGAGGCACCCCGAGCCGCUGGCCAGCCCGCACGCCAACCAGCACCGCGACACACACACACACACACACACAGUCUCAGGCUCGCGCAGGCAGCUCUUCUGACUACAAAGACCAAACUGGUGACGUCACAACCUGCUAAAGAAGCGGCUGCUUCCACCAAUCAUCCUGCUCCGUAACGGUGUGACUGUGGCCAGUCACGUGACGCGCAUCAGCUCCACACCGGCGACCGCGGCCGCUGUGAGGCUCUGAGAAGGGCGGCUCGUUCGCUGCUUUCUAACUUUCAUCUCGGCGCAAACUCUAAAACUACACACGGAAGCUCAGCAGUCCUGAGGACGGACACUAACAUGGGACCGUCAUAAUGGCCGCGCCUCAGCCUGCUGCUCACGCGCCACGCCAUCACCACACGGGGGCGCUAACGAGGAGUCGAGAGAAGCAGAACGUUCUCGCUGCUGAAUUGUCCCAGUGAUUGAGACGGACCUCAGUCGAACUCAGAUGUGCGAGAGUGUGCGUGUUCAAUCCUGGUUUUGUACAGAACACCUGGGUUUCACUUGGAGUCCUGGUGUGUUGUGGAAGGUCCCCACAAGGCCAGCAGUACCAGCAGGUCUGUGUGAGGGGGAGCGCGCAGCCUGCUCGGGCGAGUGAGGACACGCUGGGUGAUCGUGAUCUCGGGGAACAUUCCUGCUGAGAGCGCGCGAGGAGUCGCGCAGCGCAGGAUGCGGGGACGCUGCUUUCCAUCCUGCGGCUGAAGCUGGAGGCGCGACAUGUCGAAGGCGAGCGUGAAACAAGCAGGCAGCGGUGGAGCGGCGAGGCUGCAGGGCGCCCAGCCGCCCGGCGGCCGCGGAAAGGACGCGCGGCAGCAGCAGCAGCAGCAGCGGCUGCUCGGCAGCGCCAUGGUCAAACAGCCGACACACACCGAGCCCGCUGACGUCGUCAGGCGCGCGCUGGACUUCAAGAGCCAGGGGAGCCAGUGCUACAAGGACAAGAAGUACCGCGAGGCGAUCGGCAAGUACCACCGCGCCCUGCUGGAGAUCAAGGGCCUGUGCAGGGUCCUGGGCGACCCGGAGUCCGGAGCCAAGUCCGCAGCCUCGCUCCUGCUGCCCUCCAUCAGCAAGUCCAGCACGCUGACCGACGAGCAGAAGGGCGCGAUGGAGACCGCCGAGCUGGAGUGUUACAACAGUCUGGCAGCAUGCCUCCUGCAGAUGGAGCUGGUCAACUACGAGCGGGUCAAGGAGUACUGUCUGAAGGUUCUGCACAAGGAGGGCCAGAACUUCAAGGCUCUGUACCGCUCCGGCGUGGCCUACUAUCACCUGGGAGACUUCCAGAAAGCUCUUCACUACCUGACCGAGUCCCACAAGCAGGAGCCCUCGGACACCAACGUGGUGCGCUACAUCCAGCUGACGGAGAUGAAGAUCCGGCGCAGCGCUCAGCGGGACAAGAAGGAGGGUGGCCAGGCCCUGGCUGUCUGAGGACGCCUCACGUGUGACUGAUGUCAUCACGGCUGCCAUCUACCUUCCCCGGAGAAACCAGCGCGGCGUCAAGCUCUUGUCUUGUUGGGUUGUUCUUGCACAGAAGCCAAUUCAUCUGAGCCCACUUUGUUCACAGAGGCGUGUUUUCUGAACCUUCAACUCCACCAUGAUGAGCGUGAGUCUUGCGGGUGUCUUCUUUGUCCAAACGUCUUGAUAGCUGGAUGAAGAAUGUGAUGAUUUUGUCACUGACGAGUUUGUCAACUGUGUAAAUAGAUUUGGGAAGCUCAAGGUUACUUUCAGAAUAAAAGCCUGGCCACACUGAAGUCUGUCUGUGGAUUGUGCUUGUUGUUGCUGAGCGCUGCUGAUGACGCGCACCUGUGAAUAAACCACAGCUGCCAGUGUUGCUGCGGCGUCGCACUCCUCGUCCUCUCCGUCAGGCGGUUUGUUGCGGCGCCACAGCCGCGCCCAGCUGACAGUGAGUCACUGAUGUGAGUGUCAUGUUUCAGAACUAGACAAACAAAAGAUGCCAGAGGAUCAACGCUCCCUACACCUCAAACACACGGGGUCCUCUCCUGGCCAUCACCCUUUCCCCAGCCUCUGCCCCUAAACACACGGCUCACCUGAACCAGGACUGGGACCCAGUUAUUUUGACGUCUUCACCCUCACGUUGAGGCUUAACCCCACUGGACCUCACUCGGACAGACAUGCUCAAACACACCCACACGCUGGCUGCUUAGUUGCCAUGCAAUCACACCUUCAC